CGGGAAUAGUGACAUAUGGAUUAAGAUUAUACAUGCAAGUAACAGAUGAAGAAUCAUGCAACGAUGAAUGCACUUCAUUAGUAUUAUUUAACACAAGAGCAAUUAAAGGCUACACAUCUGUAGAUGAGAUGACCAAACCACACGCAAAAAUGCCAUGGGGGAAUAGGUUCACUUUCUUGGCGUUCGCAAUUACGAAGCUCGUUUUCACCGGUGAGACGUCUGAUCCGCUCGGCUUUGUCUUCAGAGCUCACCACAUGGUCAACAGACAAAGGAAUUCAGUUCAUCUCAACGGUCAACUCCUGGAGUUCUUACGUAGAUUCAGAGGCCCCGAGAGUUUAACCGUAACAAUGAUGAGCUACACGGAUAUCUUAGACUCACCAUGGUUGUUGAGAAAGACUUCAUAGAUGGGGACAAGAUAAAGUCAUCCAUCCGGUAUGCUUUUGAAGAAAUCUUGAGAUUUGGGUCGAUGGGUGUAGUCCAAUGGAUGACCAUCCACCCCCAAGUUUCUACUUUGUGGAAGGUAUUGGGUUCAAUUCUCACCUAGAAGAGAUGAGGGAGGUCUUGCUCCCAAUGAUUCUUCCUACCUUCACGGAGUUGCUCAGCGGCUGAGAAGGAAGAGGAUGGUAAUGAAGGUAGCGGGUUCGUGUGGUGGGAGGAGCAGGUGAUGUAAGUCCUGCUAGAUUCAUCCUUUGGAACCAGUACUGACGAGGCUGACUGUGAUCAGAUCCGGAUUUAACUGUCUAGGGGCUUUCGAGAGUAGUUCAAAGACAUCAGGAUUAUGGGAGCGUAAGCCCCGACAGCUGGAUUAUCAAAAAAAAUUGAAGAAAUCUUGAGAUUAUGUGUCAAAUCACCAAUGUAACCUUCUAGCUACUGAUUUUCUCCAAAGAUAAGUCGAUUGACCGAUUGAAAUGUGUUCUGUAUUCUAUAUAUGAUUUGAUGAACUGCAAAGAUAGCGUACCACAUUUGUGUUAAGGUUUAUUAUGGAUUAAUGCACUUCUCCAGUGUGGACGUAUUCAUGUUUUUAUAUACUAGUAGUACUUACCCUUCUACAAAUUGUAUGCAUUUUAACAUAUUAAUUAAUGUAUUACUCAUUUUAAAAAGUAUUUAUGUAUUUGUAAACAUAGAAAAUAUUUAGAUAAUUGUAUGAGAUUCAUGUUCAUGGAGUAUAUGGUCCUAGACCCCUUGGCCCACAUACUCAUGCAAUUCAAAAAUAGAGCUCGAUGGGCCACCAAAAGACCAACAAGCAACCAUUCACCUCUUCGCAUUUGCCCCUCGGCAUGUGCCCUUGGCACACCGAAGGCAGAGCCCUCGGCCCCGGCCUUCUCCUUCAGUCAUCACCAGACCCGUUUAAUACCUCAACAUGUGCCCAAUUCUGUCCUACAUCAAAGCAUCUUCUAGUAAAUUUGUUUUUGUAUAGCUUAUUAGGGCAUCUCCAAUGUUGGGGUGGGUUGUAGUUCCACCUCAGCAAAUGCAUUUAUUGAAUAAAAGUAUAUACUCCAAUGCAAAAUAGAAUAGACCUGAUGUAGCCGAUGUGGCAUGCAAUAAAUUGGACUGCAGUCCAGCACAAGGUCCAUGUAUGGAUCGAAGGUGCCACCUUCUAACAAAACCAAAGGAGAAAAUGUGGGCCUUUAUGCAUGGAAAGCAUCUCCUUUACUUUACUCUUUGUUUUCUAUUUUUUCUUUUGUCUUUUUAUUUGCUUUAAAUGUUCCGCAUCGGAGAGUGUUUAACGAACAUCUCUUUUUUAAAAUUUUGGGCCCACUUUUCUAAGUAGACCUAAACCAAAUUUAUGUCACUUCAUCUCCAAUGCACCAAGAGCAUUGUAGAUGCUCUUAGCUCUUUGGAUGUAAUUGGGCCUGCUAAACCCAACAAAGCAGAUCAGCCCACAAUUUUCCGCUAUAUGUACAUGUUGGGCCGCAGGAAUGUGGUGUCAGUAAUCUACCGACCAACCGAUGCAAUCGUAAAAGAUGUCAUGAAAAAAAAUCAUAUCUGCCAUAAAAUUGGCAUAUAUAUCUUGGAAGUUUAACACAAAACUGUCAUAAAUUUGUCAAAAACAUGAAGUCUAAUGAAAUAAUCGAAAAAUUAAAAAAAAGGAAACAAGCACGUACUUCAACUGUUUAACAAAAUUGAAAAUUAAAAAAACGAAACUAAUGACAAAACAACAUAAAAUCAAUUUAUACAAAAUCGUUUUUGCCAUAAUAUGGUAGUCAGUGUACACAUUUCUGUCAUAAACUUAACAAAAUCUGAAACCAUCAUCCAAACAUUUGGAAAAUCGGAACUUUUAAAAAACCUAAGAAAUAAAAAACCAAAAAUAAGAAAAGUAAAAAACAGAAUUCCAAAAAUUGGCAAAAUCAAUGUUAAAUCCCAUAAAAAUAGAAGAAUAUGCGGAAAAUCACAAAAUCAAUGUCAUAUCUCUGAAAAUAGAGGAAUAAGAGGAGG